AGAACCUGACCGCAUAGAUCGCCAUGGCUGAAGGCGGUCGGCUGUGUGCCCUGGUGCUGGCUUGUGCAGCAAUGAGCGCGAUGGCUUUUGUGGGCAGCGCUCAAGGGCAAGGUGCCCGAAGAAAGGUCACUUUGAGAGCGAUCUUCCCGUGGCAACAGCUUCCCCAAGAUUACGUUCCUCCAAAGCGUCCGUACAACCCUGUUUACGACAGCGACGUCGCCAAAAGGGUACAAGAAGAGUGGAUGCGACCCAAGGAGCGGCCUUGGGAGGACUAUUUCAACGAGUGGUUUAUUCCCGUCUUUCUCCUCAUUGCUUUCAUUUGGAUCUUCCCGCUCAUGAGCCCGGGCACAUGGGCCAAGCAGAAUCGCAGGUCUAAUCGGGCCAAGGCGAGAUCAGCUGCCCGAAAUCUCAUGAGUCGGCUGAAGAAUUUUGGCAAAGAGGCCUACUGAGAUCCUGAGCCGACAGGCGCAGACUUUCACCGGUGUUUUUUUGCACCAUGCACAUAGACACAGAAUGAGACACAGAAUAACCAUAGCAGAUUCACAUGCUGCAAUGCCAUUGCUGCUGAAUCUGCUGAAUCUGCCGUUGCUUCGAAUUGCUCCUGGAGCCAUCUGGAGCCUCAACACUUGAGCGAAGCAACUUUUAGACAUGCGCAGCAUGCGCAGUCGUUCUCACAAUCCUGAGGUGUUCUCAGGACAGACUCAGCCUGUGCCGGCAAUCAGCAAAAUACGAAGACACAGAAAGAGCAUCAAAGAGGUCACUCUCACUCUUGCAAGG